AGUUGGUUGAAUUUUGUAAUGUGCAAAGCACCUUGGAUGUCAAGGGAACAUCAAACAAUUUCACGAGAAUUUUCGCGAAGUCCGCAUAUACCUCACAAAAAUGAAUCUUAAAUCCCUACUGUGGUCAGUUUUAGUAUCUAUUCUAGCUGUAGUUAGUGCACAAUAUGAACCAGUUGACUAUAUGAAGCGGGAACAUUCACUAGUGAAGCCCUAUGGUUCGGGUAUGAAUGUUCCCUAUUGGGACUACAUGGGUCACACCAUGAUCACAAAUAACUACGUCAGAUUGACCCCAGACGCCCAAUCAAAAAGCGGAAGUCUUUGGAAUCAAGUGCCAUGUAUGACAAAGAACUGGGAGAUGCAGGUCUCUUUUAAGGUUCAUGGGCAUGGGAAGGACCUCUUUGGGGACGGUAUGGCUGUCUGGUAUGCACAGGAUAGGAUGAUUCCGGGUCCUGUCUUCGGCAGCAAGGAUUACUUCAGUGGACUCGUUCUGAUUCUGGACACAUACAGCAAUCACAAUGGACCACACAAUCACCAGCAUCCGUACUUGAGUGCCAUGGUGAACAAUGGUAGUCUGCACUACGAUCACGAUCGAGAUGGUACUCAUACUCAAUUAGCGGGCUGCGAAACGAAAUUUCGUAAUGUAGAGUAUGAAACUAUUAUAACUGUUCGUUAUCAGGAUGAUGUUCUAACAGUGUUGACUGAUCUUGAGAACAAGAGAGAGUGGAAGGAGUGUUUUUCGGUGAAGGGAAUCCUCCUGCCAACAGGAUACUAUUUCGGUGUAUCAGCCACAACAGGUGAUCUAUCUGACAACCAUGACAUAAUUUCGCUUCGGUUCUAUGAGUUGGAUCUCGUAACGGAUCCACAAGUGAGUCUGGAACGGCGGAAAAUUGUGCCGCAAGCUCUCACUUUCGAGCCACCACGGGAACGAAGUGAAGACAAGAAGUCCAGCGGUAUGUCCAAUGUUAAAAUAUUCUUCCUCAUUCUCUUUGGUAUGAUUGUGGCAGUAGCAGCAGCUAUUGGUGGUAUAAUGUUCUACCAGAAGCACAAAGAAAACUCAAAAAAGAGAUUCUAUUAAAGUUGAACGGGAGGGGACAAAUUUAAAAAAAAUAAAACUCUAAAUGAUAAGAAAAAAACCAAUUAUCACACCUAUCAUCAUCGAAUUGACUGCAUAUUUUAAGAGUUUUAUUGUGACUGGGGUGUAAAUAGGGAUUAUGAUCAGGUAUGAAGGUUUUCUGUUUAGUUAUUAAAAGAAUUGAUAUAAGAAAAAAAAGAACUCACCAAAUUUAUUUAUAAAUCAUUGAUAAAAAAUAAAAAGCGCUUUUAGCUUUAAGUGAAUGGGAUAGGAUUAAAAAAAUGGGAUAUUUUGCUGUUACAUUACACCCUAAGAACCUCAAUUUGCUUUACGUUUAUCAUUCAUUCCAUGGACCAAAAUUGAGGUGGAUGAAAUUUUAGUGAGAUUUAUUAUUGUGCCUCAAGAGAUCAUUAACUCAAAAAAAAAAAUAACAAUCUCAUUCAUUGGAUGUAUAUUUCCCGUCUUAGUUUUCUUAAUUACUUAUUUUAUUCGUGAACGAAUUUGAUAAAAAAAAUGAAAAGCUAGAACAAUAACUUUAGUAAAUGUCAUUCAUGGUCAUUGAUACUUCCCUAGUUUUAUUAACUUGAUGUAAGAAAAUACAGUCAACAAAACAUGAAA